AGAGAGCCGACGGAGACAAGACUGCGACUCGAGCCCUCAUCACACUCUGUUAACGUCCCUGGGAAACUUGUCUUCGCGGCUCACCGCAUCGCCAACCGACCCUGACUCGAACCAUGACCAGCUCGUGACUCCCAUGACCAGCUCGUGACUCUCACGACAGGCCCGUGACUCGCGAGCGACUCGGUGAUCGUCUUCUGCCUGGAUGGGGUUCGGUCGCGAGAGACAGUGGCGGCCCGGGCGCCGCUGGGCCGCGCCGGAGGUCGGCGAGCCGCUGGCCGACUCGCCGCCGCCGCCGCCGGAAGUGGCGUCAAUGUGCGGCUACGUGUCAUCGAGAGAUCGAGGCGUCACCCAGCGGACCGACCGGCUGCCUCGAUCGAGGCGCGAGCACGGCGGUGGGACUCGACGUGUGACGGACCCACGCGGGUCGGACGCGCCACCCGCAACCCUCAACCAGUGCCAAAGUCUUGCGGUGUCGAAGCCGUUGAACACGUGCUGCCACCUGUGGACGACACUUGCGUUAGUGUUCGCGGUGCUAGUGGCGCCAGUGUGCUCCAACGUGCCGCCUCGAUUUGUGCUGGAUGGUCAGAGUGAGAUCGUACUGAGACUGAGGGAGGGAUCACAGACGCCCGUUGGCAGCGUCAUCUACCGGCUGCGGGGUUAUGACCCGGACGGCGACCGGCUGCGGUUCGCCGUGCGAGGUCAGGUCGGGUCGCGGCUGCUGGAGAUCCGCCCUGUCAGCGACACCGAGGCGGACCUGGUGCUCCGGCGAGCUCUCGACCGCGAGCUGGAGGACGAGUACAGCGUGGUGCUGACGCUGACGGACGGGCGGCUGGGCGAGGCCGUCGUCACGCAGUCUCUGCUCGUGCUCGUCGAGGACGUCAACGACAACAGCCCGCUCUUCCUGCCGCACGAGCCGACGCUGACCGUAGCCGAGGAUGCCGCGCCGCGCGUGCUCGCCGUCCUCCAGGCUACCGAUCGGGACGAGGGUCCGUUUGGUCAGGUCGUGUAUCGACUGGUGACCGAGUCAAGCACCGAUAGUGAGCUGUUCUCGGUGAGCACCCAGGAGGGACGGGCUGUGCUGAGGCUGGAGGGUGCACUCGACUACGAGCGUCAGCCCUUCUACCAGCUGCAAGUGCUGGCAGUGGAUAGGGCGGCAAUCAACGCUCACACAGCCACGGCGGCGGUAGUGGUGCGAGUGGAGGAUGUUGCCGAUAGUCCGCCAGAGUUCGUGGUGGUGCCGCCCGUCACACGCAUUCCAGAAGAUCUUCCAGUGAAAUCCCAGGUCAUGCAAGUGAUGGCCAUCGAUGGAGACCGAGGAGUGAACGCGCCAAUAGAGUACGCCCUGUUCGGCGGCGGCGACAGCUUCGAGAUCGACGCCGCUAGUGGCGCCGUCUAUGUGGCGGGCGAGCUGGACCGGGAGAAGCGCAUCGAGACCAAUGGCGCCUUCAUCCUCACCAUCGGGGCGCGCGAGGCCGGCUCUGACGCAGAGCACGUGACCACGGAGGCCACCGUCAUCCUGACUGACGUCAACGACGAGCGGCCCACCUUCCGCAGCGCCACCUAUACGGCCGAGGUCAGCGAGUCGGCGCAACGCCAUCUACCGGUGACCCUGCUCGGCCCGGCCCGGCCCCAGGUGUACGACUACGACCAGGGCACCAACGGCACGUUCCGGAUGUACUUGGAGGGUGACGGCGGUAUCUUCGAGGUCACGCCGCCCGAGGGCGUAAAUGAAGCGACCUUUCUCAUCCGCGUGCGUGACCCCGCCGGGCUCGACUUCGAGAAGGUCAAAGAGCUCAACUUCAGCGUUGUGGCCGAGGAGGUGACCGCGGUCGGGGGCCAGUCAUCUCGAGCCCACGUCACGCUGUAUGUGCGGGACGCCAACGACAACGUGCCAGAGUUCGCCGAGACGCGCUACGUGGCCUCCGUGCCGGAAAACGUGCGGCGGGGGACGCUGGUUGCGUGGAUGCAGGCCCUGGACCCGGACUCUGGCGCGUUCGGAACGGACGGUGUCCGGUUCACCGGUCUGACGGGAGACAUCGCCCAGCAUCUGCGGCUGGACCCCGUGACGGGCAAGAUCACCAUGGCAACGGACGACCACGGCCUUGACCGUGAGACGACGCCGCGUCACCAGCUGACGGUGGAGGCGCGCGACGACGACGGCCGGGGCAACAGGAACCGCGUGCCUCUGGAGCUGGUGGUGACGGACGUCAACGACCGCGCCCCGCGCUGCCUGCGCCCGCUGUACCAGCUGACCGUGCCCGAGAACAGCCGGCGCCUGCCGCCGGCGCACCUGCUGGAGGCGGCCGAUGAUGACCAGCCCGGCACCCCGAACGCGGAGGUCGGCUUUCGCAUCCUGGCGGGCGACCCGCAGAGAAACUUCAGUAUAGAUGGCAGCACCGGCGAACUGCACCUACAGCGCCCUCUAGACUUCGAGGCCAUGUACGGCGACGGAGACACCCGCACCAUCAACCUCACCAUCCAGGUCUUCGACAAAGGGGAGCCGCCGCUCUCUUCCACCUGUCUGGUGCAGGUGCUGGUGCAGGACGUCAACGACGUGGCUCCGAGGUUCGAGCGGGCUGUCUACGUCAAGGCUGUGUCGGAAGACGCGCCUGGCGGCACCCACGUCAUUCAGGUGUCGGCACGUGACGGAGACGGCUCGUACCAGAACAGUCGCGUCGUGUACCGUAUCCAGCAUGGAGCCCAGGACAAGUUCGUCAUCAACUCCACCACUGGCGUCAUCACCGUCGCUCAGGGGGCCAACCUGGACCCGGACUUGAGUCGCCCCCGGGCGGCCCACUUCGAGCUUACGGUGGCGGCGCUAGAUGGCGGAAUCGGCGCCAACCAACUGGUAGAUGUCGCCACCGUCAACAUUACCAUCCAGGAUGUCAAUAACAAGCUACCUGCGUUCGUGGAGCCGGGCCUGGUAGCGAUCCCGGAGAACCUUCGCGUCGGCUCCGUCGUCCGCCGGGUGGCGGCCGUCGACAUGGACGCCAUCCCUCUCCUGCGAUACAGGUGCGCUGACUUGCAGGGGCGGAGUCAGCAUACGAUCUCGGGGCGGUGA